CAUUAUAUUUAAGAAAGAUGUAAAUCAUUGUAAGAAAUGUGGAUGAAACAAGCUUAAUUUUCAAAAAUAAAAAAUCAAAUGGUUACUAAAUAGACCUAAAUAGUUACUAAAUAGGGUCUAAACAAUUUUAUUCCCACGUGCAGAACUGCUUGUGGUUAUAUAAACAUAAUUUCUCAGCUGCUAUAUACAAUCACUGACCAUUAAAUUUCUCCCAAGUUGAAGGGUUUAAAACAUAAAACAUUACGACUUCAAGCUCCCGCUAAGUUGGGAAAAAACAAUGAACUAGAAGUUAUUUUUUAUUUUUAUUUAUUUAUUUUUUCAAAUUUUCUGUUUCAGAAUGGUAAUACAAUGUUUAACGUUUGAAAACAAGAACAAAAGGAAAUUUUACCAGUCUGAUUUCUUUUGAUUUUUAAAUAAAGAUGAAAAUCAUGAUAAGGAAUAUUAAACCUUCCAUCUCUGAAGCUAUUUCUUAACAUAAUCUGCAAGAAGAGAAGCUUACAGCAUUUGGUGAAGCUUAAAAGACGAUGGUCCAAUUGUCUCACCGUCUAGUCUAUGUAGCCUGGUCGUUGGACUAUUUCAACAACUUAUAUAGUCAAGUCAACACACACCUCCACCAACUAAAAGGAUGUCUUCAUCAUCUUCAUACUGAAACAUAGAGUUAUGAAUUGUAAAUUUACAGUACUAGAAAACUAACCUUCACCAACUACUCAUAAAAGCUCUACAUAACAUUCUUUGCUUUCUAUACACAAUCAACAACUUUAAUGUUUGAUAGGAGAAACCUCACAGUUCAAUGAAGCAAUUUUCAUUUUAGGCCCAAAAAAGGUUCAUAAUCUCCAUGGGGAAAAAUGUACAGCUCUUUGGCUCAAACCAGUGAGCUUGCUGGACCACUUGUAUUCGACUUUUGACUAAAGGCAAAAGUCGGAAAAUCUAGAAGUGAAGGAAAAAGCAAUAAAGCAUAAAGGCAAGAAACCCAAUAACAUUCCAACACUAAAGCUUCACAAGGAAUUCCCAAAAACAGUUCAAUCCAAAACUAGAACUAAGGUUCUCUCCAUGUUUGAUAUAUGACGUUAAAUGCAGGAAAAAACCCCCAUUUUUUCCCAUCUCUGUUUGCCCAACAGGUGUUUGUGAUUAUGACACACAGCCAACUCCCAAAUUCUUGUUCGCUCUGUGAAUUAGAGCCUAUGUGCUCUAUAGGCGAGAUGAAAGAUUAAAGAAAUGGGUUUCUUUUCUUUUUCCUUUUCCUUUAUUAUUAUUUUUUUUAGCCUCAUGUUUGUUCUAUUUUUCUUUUUAAUUCCUUAUGAGAGAUUGCAAACCAUCCACAAAAGUGAUAAAAAAGUGGGCAAGUGGUCACAGGAUUAAUGGCGGGUCUUUCUUUUGAAAAAAACAGCAGAAAGACCAAUAUGAAACCCACGUUCCUACUUAACAGCUUAACUGUCUCAAUAACUGCUACUGCUCUCUACCACCAUCUUCUCUGAUUCACUUUCUUCUUUCAUGUUCCAUACCCCAUAAACUUUUCUAACGUAAGAAACUUCUUUUUUUCCUUUUUGUUUCAAUUCAACUAAAACCCAUCUUCCUUUUGCUGAAACUAUGAAAUGGGGUAGGAGGAAACCGCACAAUCCUUCUUCUUCUUCUUCCACUUCUUCUUCUUCUUCCUCUAGGCCUUCUUUCAUGUCUAAUAUCUUGCCUGCUUCUUGGCUCUCAAAGCUCAAGCAAAAAAAAAGUAACCAAGAAGCCAGACCCAGAAAAGUAAAGGGAACUGAGAAGGGGAAUUCUCCUCGCAUUCAAUCGCCGGAUUAUGCAAAUGUGAUUCCCUCCCUUGGUCAAGCAAAUCGGAAUCACAAUCGAUUAUGUAGCGGAGAUGAUGGUGAAUUUUGGAAGCUAUCUUUUGGAGAAGAUGAUAUUGAUGUGAAGAAGAGUGGUGGAAUUUUGAGGUCAGUGUGGUACAACUCAGAGGAUGAGCAUGAUCUUCCACGUACAAGUUGUAGAAGCUGCAGAAAAAAAUGUUCAGAAUUCGAGGGAAAGGAAGAGAUUCAGAAUUUGGAAGACAUGGUUUCGAGGAUGACGAGGAGAAGGAGAAGGAGGAGAGAAGCUCCAACCCAAGUGAAGCUUUUGAGGAGAGAGAGUGAAAUUGAAUCAACAACUCCAAGGAGCAAAUACAGAGAAAAUGGGAACUUCAAGAAUUUGGGUAAAAAAGUUAUGGAGAAGAAGGGAUUUAAACCAGAGAGGGAGACAGAUAAAGCAAAGGAGAAAGCAAGAAGAUCAGUAGGGAAGAAAAUCUUGGGGGUUGAAGAAGAGUCUGGAGUUAGGAAGAAUGGGAGAGAGAAAACCAAAUUGACAAGUUCAAGGAAGCAUAGGUAUGUCCCUUCCACCACGUCUAAAAGUUCCAAUUUAGGAACUAUAGAAGAAAACUGUGUAUUUUCUUCUAUGAAGGCAGAGGAAAGUGAUGAACAUAAUAGCGUGGGGAUUGAAAUUGAUUCAGACUGGGAAAAGAUGAAGGAAUUGAAGAUUGAAGAAUUGAAGUUAAGAUAUGAAAAGCAAAGACAGCCACUCUACGUAAGGAAGGAUUCAAAUGAGAAGAAUCCAAAAGGCAGAAGAAAAAUCAGAGUUUACUCUCCUAGAACAGCCAAUAAAAUUGAGAUCUGCAAGAUCAAAGCAUUGGAGGAUAUGAAGAAAGCUAAGUUAAAGAUGAAGAAGAAGGUAAUAGAGAGCAUGGUGGACGACGAGACAGACUUGGAGAGCUUUGCAGUUGUGAAAUCUUCAUUUGACCCACAGCAGGACUUCAGAGACUCAAUGGUUGAGAUGAUCAUGGAGAGAAGAAUCAGUAAAGCAGAAGAGCUUGAAGAACUGUUGGCUUGUUAUCUCACGUUGAAUUCCGAUCAAUACCAUGAUCUCAUCAUCAAAGUAUUUAGGCAAGUAUGGUUUGACCUGAAUCAGGCUGCUUUAGAAUCUGAAUUACACAAGCAAUUCCCUUGUAGUGAACAACUUGUUUAGCUAAUAAAUUAACAGACAAAUGUAGUAAUCUUAUCUGUUGAAAACAUCUCAGUUCAUAAACUUCCAAGAAAUGUAAUGUUAAAUCACUGUUUUUCUUUUACAA